AUCUCAAAAGUAUGUUUGUUACAUAUAAUAUGAAAAGACAUAAUUGUAAGUCAUUUAGUUUACCAGUUACAGUAGCACGGUCGAACAAAUGGACUGUCUUUACGUAUAAUGUGUGUUUAUACUGCCAUACGACCGCCCAUUAGUGUUUGUUUCAGUUUAUGAAUGAAAAUAAAAGUUCGAGUGAAAUCCUCCAAUAAAUGAAGGACACUGCAGCGGCGUCGCGUCGACGGCCGCGCAGCGGUUUGUGGGUGGCCACUGGCCGGCGCAGGCGCAGACAUGUGACACCCACGGCCGCAGGCCGCAUGCCUAUUCCGAUGCAGUCUGACAUUAGAUAUCAAGACAAUGGCAGAUAUGAAUAAGCAUCAACUGAGUAUGGCCGCCAGCGCGAUAGCGUUACGAGGAGUGAGCCUCUUCCUCAGCGCGGGGCGAGCGGCGGCCGAACGUCGGGUCGCUGCUGCCGCGGUCCCUGCACGCCAGAAAAAGCCUAAACCUCAAGUGUUGGGUGCACGACCACCGCAGAAGGUCUUUGACUUGCUUUUGAAGACUACGUGGUUUAAUAAGAAUGAAUUGGAAGCUCUGUUUACAAUGUACCGAAAGUUAGUAGCAGCUGCCCAAGCGAUAGCUCCAGCUACAGCCAUCGGUCAACAGCCUGUGAAAGUGGAUGGAAUAGAUCAGAGCACAUUCAGAGAUGUGAUGCAUAACACAUUCGACUUAGUAACUGAGGAGACCAUUCUAGAACGAAUGUGGGUGACUUGGGAGCGUGGCACCAGCGGCGGAGAAGGCGCUCUGAAGUUCGAAGCAUGGGUGAAAGGACUGAGCAAGCUCCUUAGAGGCACAGUCGAGGAAAGAAUAGCCCAUUGUUUUGCCGUUUACGACCUAAACAAUGACGGAUGUAUAAGUAAAGAUGAAAUGUUUUUAUUGUUGAAGAAUUCUCUCUUGAAACAACCUGGAGACGAAGACCCCGAUGAAGGAGUGAGGGAAUUAGUGGAGCUGGUUCUAAAGAAGCUUGACGUAGACAAGGACGGACGAGUUUCAAUUGAGGACUACAGAGCGGCUGUAGAUCAAGAGCCAUUGUUAUUAGAAGCUUUUGGACAAUGCCUGCCUACCAAGAGACAGGCGACCGCUUUCCUGAAGACUUUGAACUCUAAAGUAUAGGACAUAAGGAUAUUGUUACUAGUGAUUAAGUAAAUUGUGAUUAGGAAAACAAUUUAAGGAAAUCAAUACAAAACCAAUAGAAUACAUAAUUGUAGUAGAAUCAACUAUGUAUUAAACAGUAAGUAAAACUUAUAAAUAUAGACAUCACGUGAUCAUAGGAUUAAAUUAAAAAUUUAUAUUAUAAUAGUGUUAUAAUUGUU